AAAAUCCUUCCCAGAGAUCCCUGACAGAGCAGUCAGCACAUCUGACGCUUGUGGAAAUGUUUAGCCGGGAUGAUUUUGAACUUGGUGGGAGGCCAAGUUUCCAGCCGCAAGCUAUGGCAGCGCGCACGUGAGCCAAGUUGAUGAAGGUCAGUGACAGGAUGGAGGACAAGACGUGGAAGCCCUUGGAUCUCGUUACGGGUGGCAUAUUGACUGCAGGCAUCGCUGCCACCCUGUAUAAGUUGGGUAAGCGGAGUCUUCACUUCGAGCCUGGCCCUGCACGCAGGUUUUCGAACCAAGAGCUGGAUGCCAUGCGUCUGAACGAGUGUGUCGCUCUAGCACGACUACCCAGCGAGAUGGAGUUUCACUUUCCACCUAAGCAAACGGGUGAGAUGAAGCGGCUUGCAGACAGUAUUCAGCAGUCCAUACAAGAGGCAGUUGAGGCCAGCAGAGGUCGCAAGACCGGAGGCCAUAAAACCAAAGAAAGUAAGUCAAGGGUCUUCACUGCAGCCACCGACAUCAGAGAGGUCUGUGACACGUUCAUACGUCAGCCGACUAAUGAAGUUCACGUCUGCAAAACACGAGAAAUCGACCAGAGGACACUAGAAUAUCAGCAAAUCUCCAAGAGUCCAACACGAUCCCCAAACCAGACCAGUUUUUCGCAGCCAAGUCCUUCAGACCAAGCCCGACUCCUGCAGGUGUGCCAACAGCGCCUCGACAAGUGGGCAGCGGAGAGCGACGAGAAGAUAGAGCGACUUGAGCGCCAAAAGCUGGAUCUGAGCCUGGAGUUACGCAUGACAGCCGAGGCCAUGGAAAGAUUACGCAACGAAAAGGCCGAUGAGGAUCACAAGAGACGACGAACUCAGAUACAGUUCAAGGAGAUGGAAAACAAGCUGCGGCGCGCCGAGGGGCUGGAGAUGAAGCUGGCAGCGAGAGAUGCGCAGGUCAAGCAGCUGGAGCAGCACGUGUUUGACCUCGAAGACCAGCUGGAGAGGAUCUACGUUCAGAACGUGGUGGUGUCUCGUGAAGCUGCCCAGAAGCGCGUGGAGGACUUCGAGCAAAUGCAGCAAUCCAUGGAGAACCUGCAGGCGCAGCUGGAAGAGAGCCAGCAUGAGCUGGGGGAUAUGGAGAACAAUAACGCCAGCUUACAAACUCAGCUAAGCAAGGCACGAAGGGACCUGCGGGAACUGGGUGUAGAGAAUGCCAGCCUCCAAAAGCAGCUGCUUCUGUGCCAGACAAUAGUGCGCGAAUUAGGCUGCAAUCUGUGUGCAAGCCGACGCAUGUACAGCCGAGACGCCAGCAGUCCAGUAAAGAACCUCUACAACAUGGAAUGUGAUGCUCUGGCUGAUGCCCUGCAGCAGGACCAGCCGCUGGACCUUCUGCUGGCCAAGCUGGCGUCCGCACUAAGGUGUGGCCUGGGUCAGGCCUAGAGUGCCGAGCUGAAUGUCCGGCCUCUUGCUCGCUCUUCACGCACGAGGUCGCACGGAGAUAAUGGUAUAAUGAGGACAAAAUGUUUUAAAAACUUUAGUAACACACCAGCCUCUGCAUGGAAGUAGUCUGACUAUGUUAAGUGUACCCUGGAUACAAGGGGAAAAAAAAAACACCAGACGCACAAAUAUUCAGGUCGAUCACUGAUGAGUUUGCACAUGGUGGGGAAAACAGACUUGGUGACAGUGAGUGAGGGGACAGAAGAAGCCAAACUGAACUUUAGGGGGUUGCUUUCUGGAGAUUUGUACGCGAUUAAGAUUGGUUGUGGUCACAUUCGUGACAUUUUAAAGUUCAGUUUAGAGCGAAAUGAGGAAUGAGGUGACGAUAACUGUGGUUUUUCUUUCACGCAUCGUAGUAUAAUCUUGAUGUCGUCAUUGUUCCGAAAAAAGCAGUGGCAGUCAACUUGCCAGACGGUUCAUUUCUUUUGUCCACACUCAUACCAGUGCCAGAAGACAAAGCUAGUCACCUUCGAAAUCUCCACCAUCCGUGAGCAAAACUACUACUGACUGACCCAAUGAAUACUAGAGAGCUCUUAUUGGCUGUUCGUUUUAAGGCAACUUUAUUUCUCUUAUUUUGAGCGUAGCCAAUGGUACGCAGCAUGCUAUUGUGCAUCAUCUUCUCCUCUUUAGUAUAUUUAUAUAUUUAGAAAAAAGCAGCUUUGUUAACAGGAACUAUUUUGACAUUUCGAAUUGUUUACGUUUAACAUAUUUUUUAUUUUUAAUUCACACAUUGCAUUCCCCACUCAUAUAUUCCAAGGCUCGUUAAUCAGUCUCAAAUAAAGGUUUACUGUUCCAAUUUUUUCUCUUACCA